CGUACAUUACUGUCAAAUCUCUAUUUUCAAACUAAAACCGGUGGGUCAUCAUCCGCAUCCAGCAGCCAAAGAGAAAAAUUAGGCAAUCUCUAUUUCCCCGCAUCGUUUUUUUCUUCAUCUUUUCUCCCCCUUCCAUCUCUUACGUCCCCUCUUUUUUUUUUCCCUGAAGUUUUCCGAUUCCGGGGAGAAACCUUGUACUGUAAUAAUUUGCGUUUCCCGGGAGAAUUUCACAUCAAUUUCUCUUCCUCGUCCUUUUCCGGGAAUUUCCAUACCAAUUGUGUAUUGUGAUCGAGGAUUGGGAAAAUUGGCGUAUCUGUUGAGGGACAUGCGUUGCUUAUAAUUGAAUAGGAAGGGGUGGAGCUAUGAUCUUCUUAGGCUGAUUAUAUAUUUGAGAUAACUAUUUAUAAAAAAUAAAAAUAAAAAAUUCAUUGUUUGGGGUGUGGUUGAUUGCGCAUUACUCCAUGGAUUCUGAAAACGCGUCCCCAAGGUCAGCUAGUCCGGUCAAAUGCUGUGAUUGUGGGUGCAGCAGCUGUUCAAAGAUGGAGGGAUCCUUUUAUAGCACGUGGGCCCGNUAUCUGUUGAGGGACAUGCGUUGCUUAUAAUUGAAUAGGAAGGGGUGGAGCUAUGAUCUUCUUAGGCUGAUUAUAUAUUUGAGAUAACUAUUUAUAAAAAAUAAAAAUAAAAAAUUCAUUGUUUGGGGUGUGGUUGAUUGCGCAUUACUCCAUGGAUUCUGAAAACGCGUCCCCAAGGUCAGCUAGUCCGGUCAAAUGCUGUGAUUGUGGGUGCAGCAGCUGUUCAAAGAUGGAGGGAUCCUUUUAUAGCACGUGGGCCCGCAACAUGAAACGCAAGUACGAUGAGCACGAUGUCAUCUUACCUCAUACGGCACGUAUUGACAUUGAAAAUGAAUGUGCCGCCCUCCGUGAGAUGGUCAGCAAGCAGCAACAGACAAUAUUGGAUUUGAGCAUUGAAUUGGAAAAGGAGAGAAAUGCGUCCUCGUCCGCAGCUAAUGAAGCAAUGUCAAUGAUCCUUAGGCUGCAAAGAGAAAAGGCAGAGAUUCAGAUGGAAUACACACAGUUUAAAAGAUUUACUGAUGAAAAAAUGGUACAUGACCAACAUGAGAUGGAUGCCUUGGAGGAAUUGUUGUAUAAGAGGGAGCAAACCAUUCAAUCUUUGACCUGCGCGGUGCAAAUGUACAAACACAGGAUGCUAAGUUUUGGGCUGACAGAAUCUGAGGUGGACGGAGGAGAGUGUGACAACAAAGGAAGGGACUUGGGGACUUUGGACGGAGAAUUUGAACUUGCUUCAUAUGAUUACCCCCCACUGAAAUGCUUGGAUGAGAAUCAAGUUUGCUCCGAGGUUGAAAACGAGAUUGUGGAUGUUGAGAAACAUGCAUUUGGGGAGACCCCUCGAUCAAAUGACCAUCUGCGAGAUUUGGAGUGUAGGAUUAACCAAUUGGAGAGGAGCCCUACAAUCAGUCACCCAGAUGUCCUUGAAAAGGUGAUAGUUGAUCAAAAGUCUCCUCACAGGCCUAGACUUGUAAGGAAGUUCUCAACGGGUAGUGAAUGGACAGAAUUCCCACAACCCUACGAGCAUUCAAACUUGAGGAAAGUGGAUAGUAAUGAAUCACAAGUUGACGAAGAUGUGAUGAGUGACAGAGUUUACACAAUUGAUUCCAUUCAUCAGAGUGUAUCACACAAUGAUGUGAAGGCAUCUGCGGGAAUAGGUGGCGAUGAUUUCAUUACCUCCCCGAGGUAUUCCUUGAGUUAUACGAAUUUGGAAGAUCCAGAUAUCAAGAAGCUGUAUAUGAGACUCCAAGCACUCGAGGCUGAUAGGGAGUCAAUGAGACAGUCAAUCAUUUCAUUGAGGACUGAUAAAGCACAGCUUGUGUUACUGAAGGAGAUAGCACAGCAAUUGUGCAAGGACAUGUCACCAGCAAGGGGGGCAUAUGUGAGGAGGCCAUCUCCACCUGGAAUGCUUUCAUUCACCUCAAUAUCCAUGUGGAUCCGGUCCUUACUUGUAUGGAGAAGGAAAGCAAGUAGAUGCAAGUACGGGUAUGGGCUGUCAAACAACAAUGCAGGAUUGCUAAUGCUACUAAACAAAGGGCCGUGCGUGGGCCAGUGGAGAUGUCUUUCAAGCACUCAACUCUGAAAUGUCUUAUUCAUCAGCGUUGUUUAUUUGUGGACCCUCCUAUUGUGGGAUCCAACUGUUGUUGUUGUUGUAUUUCGGGUGACUUACUUCUUGGCAUGGUUGAGGCAGUGCUGCUUUCAUUUUCUCUCCCCAUCCAAACAAACUAUUAUGCGUGUGGGCGGGCUUUUAUAGAAAAGGGCUUACGCCCAUGUCGAGAAGAGUAGACUCUUUCCUUUGUCCAUAACAUUUGUGCAUGUUUUUUCUGUACGCCCCAUAUUGAAUUGAGGAUGAAUCAAAUGUUAUUAGGUAA